UAUCCCCUUAAACCGGGGGAAGGGUAACUACGGCGCGGAGGGGAGGGAGCGAGGAGAGGAGCUCAGGAAUGCGCUCUGGGGGAAGGCAGGGAGGAGGGGAAAGGCUGGCUGGCGGCUGGCGCUCCCCUCCCUGCAUCCCUCCCUCCCGCGGCGGCGGGGGACACUGGGGUCCUGCCGGCGCCCUCGGGGCGCUCCGCCGCCCGGCCCCGGGGCCCCCGCCGGGGGGGCGGCGGGUGUUUGGUUUCGAGAUUUGGCUGUUCUGGAAGCUGCUUGGACUUGAAUGACUAAGGCGGAGGGGGGGCUGAGCUCUUUCUUCGGCUCCAGAUCUACCCCACCCCGAACUGGCCGCAAACUAAUUACCAUUUUCCUAUAUCGCAAGGGAAGCGAGUAAAUUCUCUCGGCUAUCCUUACCUUUUAAAGAAACUGAACUUGACAGACGCCUUCCUACGUGUGACUUUAGUGAAGAGGGAGAAACAAAAAGGAUUACGAAAUUGCCUGGUCUGCUCCUGCCAAACGUCCACCCCAGCCUCGCACCCGCUCCUGGCACGGGGCGAGGCCCCCCCCAUACCCCCAAUUUUUUCCCUAAUAACUUUGUUUGGGGUUAAGAUUUCACAAAUAAAUAAUCACGCUUUAGAAAUUAAUAAGAAAAGUACGAGCUGGGAACUUCCUGUGUCCCACACGUUUUCCCACUACAGUAACAGACCCACUGUGUAUCAAAAAUUAGGUGAAACACUUGUUCUUAGUAUUUUAAAUUCGCCUUGUACUCGGGUUCACGGGUUUGUUUUUUUUUGUCGAAGCAUUUCGUUCCUAUGACUUUAAAUCUAGGCUUUCUGGUGACUUAGACCUGUGUAUAAUAACUAUUUAGUGCAUCACAACAGACCUGUUUGUUUAAUCGUAUUUGAUAGCUUUGUAGAAUAUCAUAUGGCCAUAAAUAAUUUAUACAGUUUCAACUUGUAGGGAUUCUUAGUGUGAAGUACUGAUUUUCGAGAUUUUGAGUUAGGGUUCUUGUUUGCGGAUGUAUUCCUUUUCGCUAAAAGAAGUUUGGGAAGUUGUUGACCUCUGAAGAUGAAAGAACUGGUUAUAUUUGGUAGAACAACUCCCCGCCCUCUGCCAAGACUGUAAAAAUGAAAUAGCGACUGUAAUGCGACACAAAAAAAGCGUGUCGAGAAAAUGCUACCUUCUGAAAUAAGUGGUAGAGGAAUGUAAAGGAACCCAAAAAAACGAUGAAGAACACUCAAAUACGGAUUGUGGGAAGCAUUAUAAUGGGAGAGUCUAUUUUUAUUUUCAAGAUACUUGGAGGAGUUUGAUUUUAUAUUGGAGCAAAUGUGGAUGUGAAGAGCAAAACUAUUGUAGAACUUACACUCUUGGUCACCACAGUGAACAACCUCUUCAGAAUAGUUAGAUUGACAAUAAACAUCAAGAAGAAACUUGACCGAGAAGACUCCUUUAUAGCACAAAUGAGCCUUCCAGAGGUUUGAUAACUGAUUUUUAAAUUGUGAAUCUUUUCAACUUCAUGUAUUUGGCCAGAGGAGGCCUGGAGCUGUUUUUUUUUUUAUUUUCAGAGAACAAAAGGAAGAAAACCAUUUCCCGACACAAAAAAGACACUGAAAAAGGAAUUCUCGAAAUACUUAUAUCUCGUUAUAUAUUUUGAAAUACAGAAAACUCUGGAAGUCUGUUUGCAAAGUAUUGGAGUUCCAAAAUGGGAGCUUUUGUGACUCUUGCUGACAAAGUUUAAGGACUGUGUUGGAACUGUUCUCCACUCUCUUCUUCUAAAGAAAAGCAAAUAAAAUAUAAUCUGUGAUUCUCUGGAAGAAGCCUGCUAUCCCUUUAAGCUUUUCUGCUUUUCCUGUUUAUGUUGGCAAAUGGGUGGAAGUAUUGUGGAGGCAGAAAACUUUUUGGAAUGUUGAAAAAAAAAGUUUCAUGCAAAUCUAGUAAAUUGCUUCAAGACUUCAGAAUUUGAACACUAAGGGGCGCCAGUUAUUUUUUUUUCUGAGGCGUGAGUCCGGGAGCGCCACUAUUGACUCGGGCAGUAAAAUUAUCAAAUCUGGUAGAAGACGCAAAGAAUGACAAAAUACUUGUGGAUUUGUGCAGAAAUUAGCAGAGUACGGAAAGACAUGUAUAACGACACAUUAAAUGGUAGUACGGAGAAGAGAAGUGCAGAAUUACCAGAUGCUGUGGGACCUAUUGUGCAGUUACAAGAGAAACUAUAUGUGCCUGUAAAAGAAUAUCCAGAUUUUAACUUUGUUGGAAGAAUCCUUGGGCCCAGAGGACUAACAGCUAAACAGCUUGAGGCAGAAACAGGAUGCAAGAUAAUGGUCCGAGGGAAGGGCUCAAUGAGGGACAAAAAGAAGGUCUCCUUUAAGAGCAGAGACAGCCAUGAUGCAGCAAUUUUGGAGGUAGAGGAAGAACAGAAUCGAGGCAAGCCCAACUGGGAACACCUGAAUGAAGAUUUACAUGUACUUAUCACUGUGGAGGAUGCUCAAAACAGAGCAGAAAUAAAGCUGAAGAGGGCUGUUGAAGAAGUAAAAAAGUUACUGAUACCUGCAGCAGAAGGAGAAGACAGCCUUAAAAAGAUGCAGCUGAUGGAGCUUGCAAUUCUGAAUGGCACCUACAGAGAUGCCAACAUCAAAUCACCAGCCCUUGCCUUUUCUCUUGCAGCAACAGCCCAGGCUCCAAGGAUUAUUACUGGGCCUGCGCCUGUUCUCCCACCAGCUGCCCUGCGUACUCCUACGCCAGCUGGCCCUACCAUAAUGCCUUUGAUCAGACAAAUACAAACCGCUGUCAUGCCAAACGGAACUCCUCAUCCCACCGCUGCAAUAGUUCCACCCGGACCCGAGGCCGGUUUAAUUUACACGCCAUACGAAUACCCCUACACGCUGGCGCCAGCUACAUCAAUCCUUGAGUACCCUAUUGAACCUAGUGGUGUAUUAGGUGCGGUGGCUACUAAAGUUCGAAGGCACGAUAUGCGUGUCCAUCCUUACCAAAGGAUUGUGACCGCAGACCGAGCCGCCACCGGCAACUAACCUAUGACCUUCUGACCUCUGAACUCUUCACCCAAUGAUGACCUGACCAUGCCUGCCUGCUGAUCAGUUAACUGGUAAACGCCUUUGCUUGCCUGUCUUCAGUGCAGCGAGCUGGGGCACUUGUCCGUUCGUCUUACCAUCUAACAAAACAGACAAAGAAAUUGUUGUCCUCCAACUCCGCUUUUUGUUGUUCUCCUGUUUGGGUGAAAGUGGUUCUAGAACCUGCACUGAAUAGUAGUAAAGCAAUAAGGUCCAACUCAUCCCUCCGCACUGAUCAUCCUCUAGUGUCCCGCCCCAAGCGAACGGUAAGGAGGCCUCGCCCGAGAUGGAGACAGAUGUCCCUUAACUACCCGAUGACAGAGGCAGUUACUGUGAGAGACUUCUAGGAAUAUUUUUCUUCUCAGAAAAAAAAAAAAAAAAGUCAAAGCUCUCUCUGAAUGUACUGUGUGAUGAUGCAUCAUGCAUGAACCUUUGGUCAGGGAUGUCAUUGGGGAAGGGAUUCCAAAAAGUAUUCAAAAUUUGAUAUGCUGUUUAGUCACUACCAGUGCCCUCAAAGGGCAGAUGUUGCAGCCUUUUUUCUAUUGCCUGCCAAAUUUUAAAGGACGUUUUAAAGGAAAGUGUGCCAUGAAAUGCAGAUUACGAUGACUUUUCAGAACUACAUUAAUGCAGAGAACAAAACAGCAACACUAUUAAAGCAAAAUAAGGUUUAAAUUGUUUUAACCAUAUUUUAAUCUCCUUGGAAGAUUACAUGAGAACAAGGUACAUGCAUUAUGUGUCACAUUACUGGGCAAACUGUUCAAAUAUUUUUUUUAAACCUCCCUGUAUAGAAAAAAAUUCAUUAAGGAUGUAAAAGCCAUGCUUGCCUAUUUGCUGUAUACAUGUAAUGAAGUGUAGAUAAAGUGUAGUGCAUUGAAACAAAAUGAACAAAAAAGUAGAUACUUUUACUAUACAAGGGUGCUGGUGCAGAAAAAAAUAUAUUUUUGGAAAUGUAGCAUUUUAUACUUUCAAGUGUUAUAAAAAAAGAAAAAAAGAACAAAGAAACCCUUUAUUUCAUUAAAUGAUUUUUUCUGGUGGUUGUCAAGAAACAAAAGACCAAAAGAGCCUUUUAGUCUUUCUUUUUUAUUUUUUAAGUAUUGGAAUAAGUCUAAAGAAAAGGAAGUGCCUUAUUUUCUUCAUGGUCAUUUAGUCAAAUGUCUUGUAUAAUCAGCUUCUCCCUCAGACAAGUUACUGCAUGCUACUCAGUCGCCCAGUAUGUGAAAGAAGCUGUGAGGGAAGACAAAUGAUGAGUUGACCAUAUUAAUUACCUGAUUUUUGCCAUACUAGUGUGAUGUGACUUUGCCAAAAUCUCAUUAAGUAUUUGCUAAGUUUUCAUUAUACCAGCCACUCCACUUUUUAAAUCAUAGCAAAUGCCGUACUUGUGCAACAUAAACCAAAGGGUUCUGUGAUACACACAGUCUCAUGCUAAAGGAGAUUAUUCACUGACAAAUGUUUGUAGAGCUGGAAGUUACGUCAUUUUUGUUCAGGGAUGGAGAGGAAUUUUCUUGAUUCUGGUUGAAAUAGAUAUUACAUCAACUGUAGGAGUCUUCGGCAUGACCCAGAAAAUGGAUGUUCUGCACAUAAUGAAACUGAAAGUGCUUAGCAAGUUUUCAGUCAGUGACGGAGCGCAUCCCCAGUUUCCAGGAACAGCUCCUGCAGUGGCAAACAGCAUGGAAGUUACUUACUUUUCAGCUCAUCUUUGAGUAUUUUUAGAUCUGGCCCAUUGGCUUUUCUUGAAAAGAUAAGCAGGAGAGGAACUUCAGCCAUUUGAAGUCCAGCUAUACCUUAUUUUUAACCCUUGUUUCUAUAUGAGAUUUGAAUAGCUGGGCAAUUGCAAGAGCUGAAGCUGUUGAAUGCACAGUAUUUAAUUCUGAUAACAUUAAUUGUUACAUUGUGGGGCUCAGUACUAAACUUGGCAAAUAUCAGGUGAUAACUUUACUCCCCUCUUGUCAACUUAUUCUCCUCCUGCAAAUCUUCACAGCUUCCAAAUGAAAGGUCAAUAGUAAGCUAAGAGGGCUUACAUUUUUAAGCACCUGCAUGGUGACCUCAUCUAACAUCUUGUCUCACCUGGAAAUAAUUAUCAGUUUAUUUACUAUGCAAUAGACAUUCAUCCUUUUGUACUCAGCUAAAAUUUUGUUUAUUGUGCCACCAGCUUUGUCUUCCUGUUACACAUACAGUUGUGUUGAUUUUAUUUACAGUAUAUGCUGUGCCAUUUUGAUUUUAUUUUGGUUGGUUGGUUGAAUAAACUUGCGACACUCGAACAUUUGAAGAGAGAUUUGCUAAAACAAUACCAGUAUUUGAUCCAGUUUCAUCUCAACUAUGAUAAAACCUGGACAUUUUAGACAUUUAUCAAAGGUCUUUUUCUGGGGGGGAGGGGAAAUGUAUGGAAUAGAUGUGUGACAUGUGAAAGUAAUGUUUGCUCUGAACAAACUUCUGAAAACUUAGUUGACAAAAUUUUGGAUCAGCUUAAAAAAAAAGCAUAACUUUUGAAAUCUCUGAAUGCCUUGGUUCUCAGUAUUGUCAUUCUUUAAUGACUUUUUCUUUAUUAAAAUAAGUAGUUUUAAGACUUCUUUCUGACAGUAUUAUGUAAUUUUUUUUAGAGUGGGUAGAUGGGAGUGUCGCUUGUAUGUAACCAUACAGAUGACAUGUAUUUGUCUAUUCUUUAUUAUCUUAGUAGUUUCAUGCUAUGUAUGUACCAUAACCAACCUAUUGCCUAUGAGAAACAUGUAAGAUAAUGUAUUUACAGCCAUUGUUACAAGUUUAUAAUGUAUUUUUCUAUCUUGUUUUAUAUGUAUGUUAUAUAACAUUCAAAAGAAUUUUUUUCCUGAUUGAGAAAAAAGGAUACAAAAUGCAAAACCCACAAUUUUGAUAACUGAAAAAUUGCCAAUUGUUUUGCAGUACUUUAUUAUAUUGGGAGUGUUGUCUUUCUUGGGCUUUUAGUUAGCUACUGGAUGAAUACAUUAGACAUAUUUGGGUUUUAGUUGGGUUUUUACAUAGCUUGCAUUUUAAUUCUUUGGUUCUUUGCUGUUUCUAUUAACCCAUAGCAUUAUUUUAAUAAAUGUUAUAAUACCAACCUACUAACUCUGGAUUAUGUCUGUUUAUUAACCAUUACAUGUUUAAUUAAAAUAAACAAAUAAAGACGGAAGAAUGUAAAGUCAAGUUACUGGACUAACCCUGAAGAACGUGACCACAGAUAACACAACGUGACUUGUUUUUAUGUUGUUUGUCAGCUGACAUUCUGCACACUACUAUUAAGUUGGCUUUGGUCAUUCUGGCCUUUUACCUUGGGGAAUAGGUGCCAGUAGAAAUGGGAACAAAGUAGCAUUUUUUGAGGCAUUCUUCUUGUAGAGUCUUGCCACUUGCCUUUCAGCAUCUGCAUUACUAAUUCCACACUUUCUUUUUCUUUCUCUAAAAUAAUUAUUGUUGGCUCACAGCAAAAGAGGAAAAUCGUGUAUUGGUAAAUCAUGAGGGUGUACAGAAACCAGUUUGAUUCUUUGUUGAACCAUUCAGCGGUUGCAGUUGAUUGCACAGUAAUUUGUGAUUUGUUGGUUUUGGCACCUGAUUCUCUGUUGCAUCAUGUGACAUUUCUAAGCACAAAAUAUUUCUGGAUAGAAUUCCUGUACAUUGAAACACAAAACCUGGGGGUUUCCUUUGGCAAAAGUGCCUUAUUUAGACCACCACUGUUUCAAGUAACUCUUUUUUUGGUACUUCUGCUCUAGUCUAUCAGUACUGCCUAGCUCAGGGGAGUACAACUUCUGUAAGCCAAAGGUCAAACUGGAUCUUUUCCUAGUUACUGCAGAAAGUACAAAAAUACACCUUUCACUAAAUUACCGAGCAACAUCCAUUUCAAAUUCCUGAGCUGCCUUUAUGUGAUCUUUAUCCCUGUGGAUGACUGGAGCAACAUGAAUGCAGGGAAUUGAAAUGGUGAAAAUGCUGUUUUGAAUGUACAUCUAUGCAAUAUUUUUCCAGAGACACUUCCCUUUUCUUAGAACUACACUGUCUGAGGCUCUUUACAUUUCCCAGGUAGUUCUAGAUAUAUAACCUUGAGUGGGCAGUAAUUACCACUAAGGUCAAGGGAGAUCCUUAAUGUAGAUAACUUUUCAGAUGUCGACAGUUUUCUUCCUGAAAGUCCAUUUUUUCCUGUAGGUAGUAAAAAUUAAGGUGAGGAAUCUGAAUCUGUUCAAAUUCCUCCUUUAAUUUAUGACGUUUCAAACUAUUUAACUCGAAAUGCAUGCAAUAUAAAACUUUAUAAAUGGAGUUCUCACAGUAUUGCUAGUAAUUAAAAUUUUAUGCAUUAUUUUAUGGAGAAAAAUAGUCUAGCUUUGAUGAUGUUUGUUAGUUUCCUAAUGGCAUGUAGUUCUUUCUUCUACAAAAAUUUUAGGUAGAGAUAAAAUACUAAUUCAUUUUGAAUAGUUUGUGCAGAGUUUUCUUUUUUAAUUUAACAGAUCAUGUUGCUAUCCUAAAACUCAGCCACAGGCAGAUGAUAAGAAUAUUAGAUAUUUACAACAGAUAAUAUAAGGACCUUUUGACUGCCUAAUGGAACAAGUGUCAUUACAGAGCAAAUAAUUUAUAUCCUUAAAGGAUUUUACCAGAGAAGCACAUGUAGUUUGGUGAAGUACUCUGUCCAGUGUAGGUGAAACCAUUCAGAUGGAACAAAACUUAAUGUUUUAUAUUGAAGAAUACUUCUAUUUCCAGAACUGCUGCUUUUCUGUAAUAUAUUUAUUACUUUGUGUUUUUAUCAGUAGAUGUUAACUACUGUUAUAUUUUGUCCACAGUGCAUUUUCAUCUCAUUCUUCACUAUAUGCAGUUGUCGAAGUUGCUGUAAAUUUUGUAGUACUUUAAAGCUAAAGGACAGAAAAAAAUGGAAAAUUCUAAAAUCAAAAUAAUGUAUUCAUUUUUGUUGCCCACCAAAGGCAUUUCACAAUUUACCUGAGUGCCUGUCUGAAAAUUUAACUAUUUUAUACUUUGCCUGCUUACAGGAAAGAUACAAACUGUUUUAGAAUUGAAUUUGAGGAUGACUUCAAUAUUGCUAAAUCACUGAAGUUAGCUUCAUUUUCUUUCUUAUUAUUCUGAGAUAAAAUUGUCUUAAUGUUUGAAAGAUCAUACAUUCAAGACAAUUAGGUAAUUGGUCUUUGAUCCAAUAAAGUGGAAUUUAUCUUAUGGUAAUUUUCUUUUUUUUUGUAGGUCAGAACAUAAACAAAAAUACCAUCUAGCCUUUCAAAGUAAAAUCUGAGCACUGCUGUUCACAUCUUAAGUGUUCCAAAGUGCAAUAAAUUUGAUUUCUCCAAGAGUAUUUUUGUUCAUAUUAUAAAGUGCCUUCAAGAACAUCCUUCAGAUAUUUUUAAUGAGCAUAUGUUCAGUGUACUAAUACUGAACUAAUACUUUUAUUUCAGCAUACCUUUUAAAAGUGUUUCCAAAAUCUACAUGUAGCAAAAGGUUUAUUGCCAGACUGUACUUCAUGAGGGGGACCACUAAAAGGUUUUCUGCCCUGAAAAUGCAGGGAAACAUUGAAGUGUGUUACCAUCCAUUAGGAAAUUAACUUGAGGGAAACAUAUUUAUGAGUAUAUGAAGCUGACUUUGUGUCUGGAUAAGAAUACCAGGUAUCAGAAAUAGCGCAUUCUACAGAAUGGCAUCUGAGGAACACAUUCCUAGGGCUGGAAGUACAUAAUUGUUCCUGGAAUUUCUGUUUUGUUUUAAUAUGUUUGAUACAUUUUUCUAGAACACUGUUAACGGAAUAGUGUCCAAAUAGCACAUGACCCAUAACAUUAACACGUGGUAAUCAAUGUUGAAUCAAACUGGUUAACAAAAGUACAGUGCUCUUCCUUCUCUUUGCCUGCACACUAAUUGCAGGUGGUGCAUAAGGGCUGGGGCUUAGGCACAGCAGGCUGCAGUCCUAAUUUCUUGGUGCCUGCAGUUCGGGUGUCCGUCUUUGACAACAGACUAACUGGAAGGAGACUGCCUCCCAAGGCAAAGGUUAACUGAUAUCUGAAACUCUCAGCAGAAUUAAUUGAAAAUACAGCAACAAUAAAGCGACAUAUAUACAUAUAUGCUUUGACUUGUAUUAUGGUGGCAGUUUGUGUGAAACAUUUAAGGUUUUGUUUGUGCAAAAUAAUGUAUUCUGAGGGGAAAAGCAAACAUGGACGUUGCCAAAACACAUGUAAAUAAACACCAUUUAUGACUGUACAUUAUGUGCAAUAAAGUAACUGGAGAAGGUGCAUGUACUUUAUCCUCAAAAGAAAACUGACAGCUCUCAAAGCUAUAGCUAUAGUUUUAAUUUCUGAAAAGUUAAAUUUUAUUCUGUAUCUAAACCGCAGAAUAAAGAAUGUACAUUUUUCACACUUAAAUUUUCAUUAAUGCUUCUAGCAGUGUUACAAAAGAUAUUAAUUGUUGAAGAGCCUUAAAGUUUCAUGGUUGUCCGAUUUUCAGGGUAUAUUGUGCUUAACAGUUUCUUAUUGCAUAUGCUGUUGUUUGUAACUGUAAAUGAAGGAAGUAUGCAUUAUAUGUCAUAAACAUGCAAUACACUUUUUGUGUAUGGGUUUGUGGAGGCAUCAGUUCUAUAAAUUUCACAAGAUAACCACAUGAUUUUGGGGAUAUUGUACUUUUGUAGCAUAACUGUUACAAUUGUUAUGUUCAGGACAAAUAAGAAAGAGAAGUCCUACUUUACUGUAACUUUAAGACACUGGUUUGGGGUAUAGUUUUUGAUUACUGUAGAAAAUAAAGAUGUCUGCCAUCCCACCUAGUGUGAACCUAGCAAGAAACAGACUUUGGAGAAGAACUAGAUUAUGGUGUUCUGUAUUUGCCUUAAUAUUUAUGUGAUGAUGCUUAGUUUUAGUUAAGGACGAUUUCUUUACCAAGGUAUUCUUUGCUAAAAAUUCCUUCUAUUUUUCACUGCUUAAAUAAAAAAAUGUUUGCUUCAGAAGUAAGUGAAGUAGAUAAUGAAGUGUGGCAUCUUUAGAAAUCUGGUAGAGUAGGGGAAAAGAAACUAAAUGCCAGUGUUCAGAUACGCUUCUGCACCCAUCAGGGAUGAAAAACUUGGCAUAAUUAGUCUUUGAAGACACCUUCCAUGAUAAGUUUCAUAAAGUAGUGGUAUGUAGUUGUAUCUGAGCUAGUAGUCUUAGAAUUUCACAGAAUGUAGGGAUGCUGUAUGGCAUGUGCUACUUGAGCAGAUAAAGCAGCCUUUGUCAUCUUUGCAGUUACUCUGAGGGCCAGCUGCCUGUACCCUGUAGUCCUGGCCUGGUGUGUGGGCACAGCCUUUCCUUCUAUGCUGGCUCUGCCUGCAUUGUGCACACCCCCUCCUUCACCCAUCUGGAUCCCUAGAGAGCAGAAUUGUGUUGACCUUUCUUACCUCCUGCACCAAGUCAGUAAUACCCGUUUAUGGUCACGUUCAUGUCAGGAAUUGCAUUUAUAAGUCUGCAAGUUAAAGCUAGAUAUGGAGUUUAGAAAUUUUUUAUCAACAGACUUUAUAAUCAUUUUAGCAGCACUGUCUGUGUGUUUUGGUAUGUUUAUGUGGGAUGGCCUAACACUACUAGAUGGCUCCUUGUUGUAGUUGCCUUGAGGCAGUACAAACUUAACCAUUAUCGGUGUCAAAAUAAUGAGAGACAUUGAUAGAAAAGAGUACAAAGUGCAGUGUCAGAAAUUUUUUAUGGUGGAAUUCAGGUCUACCCGCAAAAGUAAAAAGAGACUUAGUCCAAGUGUUUUCUUGGUGACCCUGUGAAGUCUCAAACAGUUAAAAAUAGACAACUGACGGCCAGUUCCUGUUGAGUUGAAUUCUAAAAAUUAGCAAUCACAAAUAAUCAGUAACUCCCAAGGAAAGUGUUUGUUUUUUUGGUUUGAUUUUUGGUUUUGGUUUGGGUUGUUGUUUUUUUUUUUUUUUUUCCCCAAAGUAGCAUAGCAUAUAUUUGUCCUUAAUUUCUGUCACAGUAUUUUCACUGUUUUCAUCUUCAGCAAUAAAUAAGGUUGAAGAGUAAACUGGAUAAACUCAGAGGUGAGGUUCGAGGGAAAAGCCAUCAAAUAAUAGCACAUCUCAAGACUGCAUCAUUUCAGCAACUUAGGAGUAAAUGAAGGUGUUUUCUCUAAAGUUCAUGUAUUUUUAAGCACCUUAUACAGACGAGGCUAAGCAGAAAAAUUAUUUUUGCUUGUGGGACCUUUUCUGAAUGAGUUCUGUAGAUUUUCAGUUCACUGAGGGUGGCCUUUAUUAAGCAGGUGGUUUAUGAACUUCCUGAAGGUAGGAAGUUCCCAGGUCCUCCUGCCAUAGGUCAGUCAUUGAGCAAAUGAGUGUUCAGUGUUGAUUCUGGCUUGCUUUCAUACUCAUGUGAAAAUGAAGCCCUGUCUUUUGUAUCUAGGUCUUCUUAAUACCAUGACAGAUACAUCAGUCUGUACCUCCUACAGUAGUGUUUUAAAGGGAUUUGUUUCUAAUUGUAGUUACUUCAGUAAAAAGGCAGUUUGAGCAAGCAAGAGUGUUACGGGAAAUGUGUAAAUGUAUGAUAAAGAUACUGGGAUCACUGUUUUAAGAGUCUCACUGUGUUGUGUGUAUUAGAAACCCACAAUGAAAUGUUAAUGUAGUAUUUAUCUUGUUAGUUGUCUACACCUUUCCAAUUAUGAUUUCUAGACAAGGUGGUUUUCAUGAGGCUAAAACCACCUUGUGCAGUUCAGAGGUAGAGAAAUUACAAGGUAACCAGAUCACUCCGAUGUGUGUGCAUUUUCAUAGAGCACAGCCUCUUUAAAGUCUUGACCUCAGAUGCUGGGUAAAACAUAAAUUUGUGAUGCAGGGAGCAGAAUUUAUUUGUUAGCCUAUCUGCUAACCAUUGAAAGUUCAAACAUUGCUACCAGUUCAGAAAUGUUACUGCAUGUUAAUUGUUGUGGCAAAUUCCAUGUCCUGUUUUUAACAUAGGUGAAAUCUGGAGACUACUCUGGUUAAUCUCUGGAUCAUUUUCAUGAUCUUUCAUGAAGAGUAGAUCCAGAACUGCUGAGGGGGCCACAAGGCCAUUACUUGCAUGCCCUUGUGUGACUUUUCCUGUAUAACCUUAGUGAUGAGACAAUUGUGAUUCUUUCUCUGAAAGGCAACGAAUGAAGCAGAUCUCCAGCUUUGUUUCUGAGAGAAAAUAGGAAACGUAUACCAGUGUGGACUGAAAGAAGAUAAAGAAUAACAAUAAUGUCAGAGCUUUGAACCCUGUCCUGAACAGAUGACUGAAAAUUACUCUGGACUUGAUAUGAGCCAGGAAGAGGUGACAACCCUAAACAAGAGCAGCACUGUCAAGCCCAUACUGUGUUGACAAGAAGUUCAUCAGAGACUGUAGGCUGGAAUUCUAAGUGAAGAAAAUUAAAAUUAUCUCAGUCCUUGAAGAACUGGUUUACCAUAUCUCCCUGUUAUCUUAAGCAAGGUUGUUAAUUUCUCUGUUGGAAAUUUCUCCCUUCUUCAGCUUAAUUUGAAUUUCUUGUUCUUUUAUUCUAAGGUUCUACCCUGCCCCCUUCUGUGCUGUUUUGCAUUUCAUAGACAAAUUCUCCCUUCAUUAGGAUGGUGAGGUGGCACAGGUCAUUCUUGGUACAGGAAGACAAGAAGCAAGACUUAAGGUCUAGAUCAGGAUGAUCAAAUGUGACAUUAUUUAGAAAGGCUGUUUUACCUACACAUAACUCCAAGCAGAUGGAAGAGAACUACUUUGAUACUGAGGGCACAAAUUUAGAGUUUGUAAUGCCUGGGUUUCAGAUGCUUCUUUCAUUGCUAAUGAUUUGUGCAGUUUUGGGCAAGACCCCUGCAGCCAAAUCCACCUUAAGUGAUGUGUCAAGAUACGGAGAGUGGUCUUUUUCAAAGUCUCCCAGAAAAUAAUACACCACUGCCUUAUCUCCCUUUGUCUGUUUCGAGCAGCAACAUCACCCAGAAAGAAAACCCCUGGUACCCAGAGACAAUUUACCUGCCUGGGUGCAGAGGGGAAAGCACUGGUCGAUAAAUCCCCAUCCUUCCACCUCACCCACAGUAAUCAGCCAGGGAGCUUGCCUGCUUGGGUCCUUCUCUCUCAGGCAUGUUUCUCCCCAUUUUCACAUGCAUAGCAUGUGUGACUGUAACUUUGUCUUUUGCAUUCCCCAGCUACCCAUGAUGAAAGAUACUCUUUUAGUCAAGUACCUUUGGUGCUCUUGUUCUGCAUCUUUGUCCCUCAGUUUCCUGUCAGUGAAAAGACGAACAGGAGAAUCCCAGUAGACUGUAAGCUGUGGAUAGCCACAUUUAAGUCUGUAGUGCUUGAGCAGUACAAUGCUGAGUGCACUCCAGUAUCAUCACAAUGUCCAAGUGUCUCAUAAUCUUGAAUGUACUUAAGAAUAAAGCAUGAAAGCAAAACAAAA